AUGGCAUCUUCAAGUAUUAAAAAUGUUACCGUAAUUGGUGGCGGUGUAAUGGGUUCCGGUAUAGCGAUGAUAACAGCCGCUAACGGGUACCAUGUAACGGUGGUGGAUGUAAAUGACGAUGCAAUUGGCCGGACCAGACAGCAGCUGGAAAAGGAUCUGCGCCGGAUGGCCCAACACGUAAGCAAGGGCAAUGAGCAGGCGGAAAACAAGUUCUACACCGAAGCAACGGCACGAACCAAGUACAGCACGAAUCUGAAGGACGUGGUUCCCACUACGGAUCUUGUCAUCGAAGCAAUCGUGGAAAAUCUUGAGCAAAAACAAUCCUUGUUUAAAAUUCUCGAUCAAGUUGCUCCACCGCAUGCGAUUCUCACCAGCAAUACCUCGUCGCUUUCGAUCGCCGAAAUCGCUUCCAGUGCGGCAAGAAAGGAUCGCAUCGGUGGAUUGCAUUUCUUCAACCCGGUGCCGCUAAUGAAGCUAAUCGAGGUAGUCCGAACGGACCAAACAUCCGACAGUACGCACGAAACGCUGCUAGCCUUUGGUAAAAGUCUGCGCAAAACUUGCAUUACUUGUCGCGAUAUGCCCGGAUUCGUGGUGAACCGCUUGCUGUUUCCGGUGAUCCAUGAGGCGCUGUCGAUGGUGGAACGGGAGGAUGCGACGGCACACGAUAUUGAUGUGGCAAUGAAGCUGGGCCUUGGACAUCCGAUGGGACCGUUCGAGCUGAUGGACAUAGUUGGGUUGGAUACGGUGCGUGCCAUACAGCGGGAACGUUACGCACGCAAUCCGUCCGAUGUGGCCGCUAAACCGAGUGAGUUGCUGGAACGGAUGGUACGCGAGAAUAAGCUGGGUGUAAAAUCGGGGGAAGGAUUUUAUAACUAUAAAUAA